CUGCAUCACUGUGGCUCCCCCACCCCCACCCGCUCUGACGUCACUUCUGACACCUCCGAUUGGAGGUGUGUCCAGCAGAAAUCCCCCUGCCAGUCCAUAGAUGUAGCUGCAGCUCUGAGAGAAACCGAGAAGCAGGAAGGGAGGAAGAGUUUGGACGCACUGCGGAGAGGAGUGCAGCCAUGGGGAACGCGCAGGAGAAACCCUCCGGCAGCGGCGGAGGAGGGACGCCGCGACGGGACAACCCGCGGACUCACGGAGCUCCCGGAAAGGAGGUCGCCAAUGGCGCUCCGAGAGAAAACAGCCUGGCAGGUGGGGAAGAGGAGCCGCAGCAGCGGCAGCCGGACUGCUCCGGGAUGGAUAGGAGUUACCUGGAUGCUCCGGCCGGUGCUUUGCCUCCUCACCUGGCCCGGCUGAAGAAUGAGGGGAACUACCUCUUUAAAAACGGCCAGUUUGGAGACGCGCUGGAGAAGUACACCCAGACUAUAGAUGGAUGCUCUGAUGCAGGCAUUGACAGUCCAGAAGAUCUGAGUAUCCUCUACUCCAACAGAGCUGCCUGCCACCUGAAGGUCGGAAACAGCGGCGACUGCAUUCAAGACUGCAACAAGGCCUUAGAGCUGCAGCCCUUCUCCUUGAAGCCGUUGCUGCGCAGAGCCAUGGCCCAUGAGUCACUGGAGCGCUACAGGAAGGCCUACGUGGAUUACAAGACGGUGCUGCAGAUUGACACCGGAGUGCAGGCGGCUCAUGACAGCGUCCACAGGAUCACAAAGGUGCUGAUCGAGCAGGACGGGCCUGAAUGGAGAGAAACGCUUCCAGAGAUUCCUGUCGUCCCGUGGGCCGUCCAGCAGCAGCACAGAGAGAAACCAGUCAGCGUCGAGGUGGCGCAGGCGCGAGCCGCCAGGGCCGCGCAGGAGGAAGCCAGAAGAAACGAGGCUCGCUUUACUUUACUCAAACACGAAGGCAACAGCCUGGUGAAGAAGGGCCUCUUCCAGGAGGCUCUGGAGAAGUACACUGAGUGUCUCUCAGUGAAACCUGAUGAAUGUGCUGUUUACACAAACAGAGCCAUUUGUUUCCUGAAGCUGAAUCGGUACGAAGAGGCCAAACAGGACUGCGACUCGGCGCUGCAGCUGGAUCCAGCCAAUAAGAAAGCCUUCUACAGACGGGCCCUGGCCUUUAAGGGACUGCAGGAUUACCUGUCGGCCAGCAGCGACCUGCAGGAGGUCCUCCAGCUGGACCCCAAAGUCCACGAGGCCGAGCAGGAGCUGGAGGAGGUGACGAGUCUGCUGAGGCAAAGCUUGGUAAACAGAGCUGAUCACACAUGAGGUGGAAGAGCAGAACGGAUUUUAACGGCACUAACACAAGCACCACAUACUCAGAGAAGGCUGUGUGUAAUGGAUAGAAAUAUUGCACAUGAUACAACAAGCAAAGCAACGAAAUCAAAAAAAGCCUCCAAAAUCUUAAGAUUUGAUGAAUUCCUGCAGGCGUGGCGAUGCUUCAUUGUUCACAGGGGGAAACAGAGGCAAGUUAAAGGUUUGGUUCUUUGCCUAGAUUUCUCUGUUUCCUGUAUUUAACUGAGCAAGUAGAGGAUGAACUGGAUUUCAACUCAACAUUUCAUUAAAAUAAGCGGUAAAUUUAUGUUCUCAUUGCUAAAGUAAUAAAAGAAAGAUUCAAUGUUCAAUACAGAUACACUUUUACCACAGACAUUUUUCUUACUAUCAUUAAGAUUAUGUUUAUUUCCCAAAAUUACUUCUAUUUGCUGAAUGCCAGAAUAACCAAAGAUACUUUUUUAAACUUGAGUUUACAUAAAUUUCCCUGUAGUUCUGUAGUUGGGUAUCGCUUUACAAGCUUCUCUCAAUGGUUUUGGGACAUGUUGGCCCAGUCCUCCUGACAGAACCGGUGUAACCAGAGUCAGGUUUGUAGGCCGUCUUCUCCCUUUCUUACUCAGAUUUUCUGCUCUAUUCACAAAGUUUGUAUGAGUCUGACACCAGAGCUUUGUGGUGGUUCCUUCACAAUGUUGACUUUCUUCUUCCUGAGCUGUACGAUCCCUCAAUGUUUCUAUUGUGUUUAUACCUGCAAUCACUUAUAACUUAUAACAUCUAGAACAAACAGGCUCAGAAGAUGCUUUUUUGAAAAGUCCUACUCUGUCAUAGAAACUUAUAUUUAUGUUGCUAAAAUGGGAACUUGAACCUCCUCGCUCUAACGUGAUUUGUAUUUCAUUAUAAAGAAUUUAUUUCCUAGCUCUGGCAAUUAAAUGCUUCCAUUGUAAACUUCUGAGUUUGAAGAAAGUAUUACAAAUUACAGUCUAAAAGUUUCUCAUCUUCUGGCAUUUAGUGAGUAAAAAAUAAUCUUAAUAUGCCAAAUUCCCUAAAAUGUUAAAAGUUCGGUCUGAUUUAAUCACACAGACAAAUUCAAGUCAAUUACAUACAUUCCAGUUCAAUCCCAACUAUUAAAUACUGCAGUUUAUUAGCUCAGUUUAUAUUCCCAGUUUAGUUUUCUGUUAAGCGAAAGUUGAAAUACAGCAAAAUUGGAGAGUAGUAGGAAAAUGCUGCAGUGAGUAAAAAUGGUCAGUUUGGCCUCCAGCAGCCUAAAGCUUAAAGCAGCAAAACUACAGACAGCUCAGGAUAACUGCAAGCUUUUUCAAAAGCUUUAAACCUCGUUUUAAAAGUAGACGCAGUGUCUUCCUCCUACUUUUUAAAACUCCAGGAAACCUGCAAAGAAGAGAUCUCUGAUCUACGAUGUAGCUUGAUCAUUAGGAGCUUUAUAUGUGACAAAUCCCAGCUUGGCAGUCGGCUUUCGUUUUGUUCUGGCAGAGAGUGCAGCCGUAUUUCAUUCAUCGGCAGUGCAAAAACACACACAAAAAAAUGGAGAAUGACGAAACGUUUUCUCCGGACUGGAGCUCCGUGAACAACCAUCUGCGCUCUGCGUUCGGCUCGCCACAGCUGCUCCAGUCUGCACACACAGGCUUACGUAACAGGAUGCUCCAUUUGAAAAGGCUAAUGUCAAGGUACAUGUGAGCUGCCGGCGCUAUUAAUCCUCCCCUUUGUGAUGUAAUAUAUUGUAAAUAGACGUACUUUCGACACGGUUCAGCGUUCUGUCGUGUGUGUGUGUGGAUGAAAUAAGGAAAGACUGAGUGGAAAAUAAUGCGUGCCUUAUUGAGAUUUCUACCAAGCUUAGAAUGAAAUAUGCCAAGAUUAAAACUUUUAGGCUGGUUUGUUUUUAAAGAUGUCUGCUUCAAAGCUGAGCUGGGAAUAAAAAAUAAAAAAAACAUUGGAGGGAAACUGUUAUAUGUGUUUAUGUUGGAGUUGCAGAUUAUUUGUGGCACAGCGAAAAAACUGAAUAUAUAAACAAUUUCAUUUAAUUCAGUAAAGAUUUUACAGCAGUAACAAAACAAUUCUUAUUUUUUACUUUGUAAAAUUUGUUUUACAGGUUAACUUCUUUAUUGUGUUGAAGUUUCCUUUUACUAUAUGAACUUGUGUAUUUUGCUUUGGCUUGAGGGUCAGUAGACGGGACAAUUGUUUCUUUUACGUCUUGCUCGUGAUCAAAAUCCUUUUAAUAAAAAAAUGAGACAGGAGUUUUUGAAAACAUAAUAAAACUGUUUUAGUUUACUUUUUUCCAUUGGCAUGUCGAAAGUUAUUUAUACCUUCCUCAAUAAUCAGUGAGGAAAACUCAACCAACUUAUCUUUCAUGUUUGCACUGGUAUGUAACUUUAUCUGCGAUUAUAAACUUUGACGCAGGAAGGCCUCGUUGUCGUCACCCUAAUCUUUGCCUCCAUCGUUCGGACGCAAAUCCAGAGUCUGAGCCACACCAAAGCGCUAAUAUUAUUUCCAGUCAGGAAACAAGGUUGGUAACAAUCUAACAGUACUUUAAACCAGAAUCUGCCAGGAGUACGAAGGCUGUAAUUUUGGGAUUACCUCUAGGAUCGGGGCAGUGAAUCUGCGCUGGUUUACACAUUUACUUAAUUACUCAAAAAUAGUCAUCAAACCUCAUGAGGUUUGAUGACUGUACAGACGCCAUGACGUUGUGUUAUUAGAAAACCCCUGUGGUUCUAAGAAGAUGAAGCGUCUUCACAACCAUAUUUACUCAUAGUGGGAUGACGACAGACGUAUACAAAAGGCAAACAUAUCAGCAUAUAGAUAUAUAAAUUAACUUUAAUACCGUUCUGGUAACCUUUAUACCCAGUUAGUCACUUUUAGAAACUUUUAAAAUUAUUUAAUAAGACCAGUGACAUGAAAUUUUUUCUAAAUUUAAUGAUCCAAGUUAGAAAUUGCCACCUUUACUCUUUAAAAAGUUAUUUUGAACACUGCACACAUGCAGACCGCAGCCCAAACAAGUUUCCAUUGUCAACUUUUCAAACAAUGCUUUUGGAUAUACUUUAACAAAUCUCACUGCUUUUAAAGGAAAUUUUAUUUUUGUUUAUGAAAAUACAAAUUUCAACACCAAUUGAGCCAAACUGUGGAAUUUUCUUGCAUUUCAGUGCAGAAGUACGUCAUCGCAACAAAUGAUCCGUUUGAAUAAUCUACAAAAAUCUACUUUGACUUUUUCUACAGAAGAUGUGGCAUUUUGUUGAAAAUGCUAUAAAAACUGUUCUAAACUGUUAUAAAAAAUUCAAACUCUGAAAGUAAGCAAGAUCUUUUUAAAAUAUUCAAAGUGUUUUCUACUUUAAACAGGAGGGUUUUCAAAUCGUGUCACUACAAGAAUACAUGUAACUCUAUACAACACGUUGUGCCACAUCAUUCAUUUCAUUAGUUUUUUUUUUUUCUUUGAUUAAAAAUAAUCCCUUCCAAUUUUAAAUGAAUAAACUCAGCUCUAUCUGGAAUGUUUUUUUUUUUGUUAUUUAUUGUAAUGGAAUGUAAAAGCAUGUACUGUAUGUAAAUAACUGAAUAUAAAUGUAAAUAAACAACAGUGUGAAUGCUGUUUGUUAUCAUUUUUGCUUUUACAACUUUUAAGCAACACAUGCCUUC